GACAGAGGAGGGAAAGAAGCAGAAGAACCCCUAAAACCCUUGAGCAACCCUCUAUGAAUAAUACUACUACCUGAAUACUUUUUUGUUUUUUACUCAAUCGAUACUUCGAGAUGCGAUUUUUGCUUCGUUUACCACAAACCCACCUGCGGAAACUCUCGUGCUCGAUGUCUCUACUCAUGGGUUCCAAGCAAUUCCUCGAGUUUUGUCUUCUUCCUUCUUUCGCCGUAUGCUCUUCUUCUUCGUCUUCUCCUGGUAGGCAGCUAUCUUCUGUUUCUAGAAGAUUCCGUCCGGUUUUGGCCUCAAGACCCGUGUCCAAAAACAGUCCAUUUCACCAAAAGACCAAUGGUUUAUCAUCUUACACUUCAAUCCCUAGAGUCCAAACUCCUGUUGAUCCUGAAGAAGAAGAAGCAGACAAGAGGGCUGUUUCAUCUAAAUUAGUUACUUUGAGGCGUAAAUUAUUUGAACAAGGAAUUGAUGCUCAAAACUGCCAUCCAGGACAACAUAGUGGCUUGACAUGUCCGCAGUGUGAAGGUGGAGACUCUGGAGAAAAAAGCCUGUCUCUUUACGUUUCCCCGGAUGGUUCGUCAGCUAAAUGGAAUUGCUUUCGGGGGAAGUGUGGGUUAAAAGGGGGAGUACAGGUGGAUGGUAAGGUGGCAAUGAAUCGUAAGGUGGCAUUUGCAGAUUCAAUAGAGAAGGUUGAAAGAAAAGUUACAGUGGAGAGUUUAGAGCUAGAACCUCUCUGUGAUGAGAUUCAAGAGUAUUUUGCCGCAAGAGGGAUUUCAGGGAAAACGCUUGAGAGAAAUCGUGUUAUGCAGAAAAGAAUAGGUGAUCAGAUUGUGAUUGCUUUUACGUAUUGGCAAAGAGGGGAGCUUGUGAGUUGCAAGUACCGGUAUCUAACUAAGAAGUUCUUUCAGGAGAAGAAUACACGGAGGAUCUUUUAUGGGCUUGAUGAUAUAGAAAAAGCAUCGGAAAUCAUUAUAGUUGAAGGGGAAAUAGAUAAACUUGCAAUGGAAGAGGCUGGUUUUCGCAACUGUGUGUCUGUUCCUGAUGGAGCUCCAGCGUCAGUUUCUUCAAAGGAAACCCCAUGUGAAUCCAAGGACACGAAGUAUAAGUUCCUAUGGAAUUGUAAUGACUAUCUAAAAAAGGUGUCUCGGAUUGUCAUUGCUACUGAUGGAGAUGGACCUGGUCAAGCUCUGGCGGAAGAAGUUGCACGACGUUUGGGUAAAGAAAGAUGUUGGCGUGUCAAAUGGCCGAAGAAAAGUGAGGAUGAACAUUUCAAAGAUGCAAAUGAGGUGCUUAUGUCUAAGGGACCUCAUUUAGUCAAGGAAGCUAUUCUAAAUGCUGAGCCAUACCCUAUACAAGGAUUAUUUGCCUUCAAAGAUUUCUUUGAUGAACUUGAUGCCUUCUAUCAUCGAACACAUGGAUAUGAGUAUGGUGUUUCAACGGGGUGGAAAACUUUGGACAACUUGUAUAGUGUUGUGCCAGGGGAGUUGACUGUUGUGACAGGGAUUCCUAAUUCUGGAAAGAGUGAAUGGAUUGAUGCUUUGUUAUGCAAUCUUAACCAUAGUGUUGGCUGGAAAUUUGCUCUCUGUUCAAUGGAGAAUAAGGUACGAGAUCAUGGCAGGAAACUUUUGGAAAAACAUGUAAAGAAACCAUUCUUUGAUGCAAAUUAUGGGAGCGCUGUCCAACGGAUGAGUGUUGAUGAGUUGGAGGAAGGGAAAGAGUGGUUGAAUGAAACCUUCUUUCUCAUAAGAUGUGAGAUGGAUUCACUUCCAAAUAUUGAAUGGGUUCUGGAACGUGCAAAAGCUGCUGUCCUUCGGUAUGGGAUUCGAGGACUUGUUAUAGAUCCUUACAAUGAGCUUGAUCAUCAACGUACACUACGGCAGACGGAGACAGAGUAUGUUAGCCAGAUGCUUACAAAGAUCAAACGCUUUUCCCAACACCACUCCUGCCAUGUCUGGUUUGUCGCUCAUCCAAAACAGUUGCAACAAUGGGAUGGAGGUGCACCAAACCUAUAUGAUAUUAGUGGCAGCGCACAUUUUAUAAACAAAUGUGACAAUGGUAUAGUAAUUCACAGAAACCGCGAUAAAGAGGCUGGACCUCUUGAUCUAGUGCAAGUUUGUGUGAGGAAAGUACGAAACAAGGUUGCAGGACAAAUUGGUAAUGCGCACUUGUGUUAUGAUAGGACAACUGGUUUAUACUCGGAUUCUCCAGUGAGCCUUGUGAUGCCUGAGAGGAGAUCAAACAAGCGGAACUAAUCAGUUUGGUUAGUCUAAAGACCGUCAAACACGUUGGACAUAGCAUAUGGAUAACAUUUGUCAACUAGAUUUUUAUUCCUGUUGGUUACCAUUGGUGAGGAAAAAGAUCUUCUCUUGAGAGCAUUAUUGUUACCCCUUUGUUUUUUAAACAGACUGUCUCUGUUAGAAAGAACAAGAUUCUAGAUUUCUAGCUCUAUGUAAAAUAUGGAUCGUCGUGCUUCUCUCUCUCUUGCGUCUCUGGUUGGUCUGAUGAUCCAAAACGCUUGAUUUUGUGUACAGCUCUGUGAUAUUUUUGUGCUCUGUCUCUUUGUAUAAUUCGUUCUGGUUCUCCCUGUC